AUGAGUGCUAAAAAUUAUAGAUUAAUUCACAAUAAAACUUUACCCACAUUCUAAUAUCAAAAUGAGCCUUUGCAAGUAAAUGACUAAUAUCAAGUCUUUAUGUCUGUGUAGCCUAAUGCUGUUGAAUAAUUAAUCUUAAAAGAUUAAGCAAAACCAAAAACUUCAAUAUUAGAUAAAUUUAUAGAUACAGAUAAAAGCAGAAGCAGAACAGCAUAUAAUCCAGGAAUUUUAUAAUAAAACUAGUAAAAAAAUGAAAAGACUAAUUAAACUGUCUAAUUUACUGAUCAUAUUUAGACCCCUUAAUAAAAUAUCUAGAAUUAUAAUUAGAACAAUAUAAAUCAUCCUAAUAAGAAAACUGUUACAUUAAAAAAUCUUCAAUAAACAUUAUUAUUUGAUGAAAGGACUAAUUCAGUACCCAAGGCUGCUAUCUAAAAUCAUAUUAUUGAUGACAUAGUAAAGAAUGGAGAUAUUAUUCUUAAACAAAAAGGAUUGUUGAACUAAGUUUAAAACUUAAAAAGGUUAAAGUUGCUUAAAUAAUAUGAAUUUAAUCAGUAAUAAUCAUAUCUAUUUUCAGUUAUUGUUUACCAGGAAUUGGAAAAUCACCUUAUGUAUUUAAUGAUGCACAUUCAAAAAGUACAAAUCCUGGUUACUCAAGAAACAAAGAAGGUGGAAAAUUUUUUACAAGAUGA